AUGGCGCGUCAUUGGAGAGGGACGACGAUGGCGGCGGUCGGUGCACCAGAAGUGAUCACACAGCUGGAAAGCGCUGCCAAAGUUUUAAUGGCACCGCCCUCCAUGGUCAGCACAGAACAGAGACAACAUGCUGAACAUGUAUUCCUCUCCUUCAGGAAGUCCAAAUCUCCUUUUGCCAUCUGCAAGCACAUCCUAGAGACCAGUAAGGUGGACUAUGUGCUGUUCCAGGCAGCCACCGCCGUCAUGGAGGCCGCCGUGAGGGAGUGGGUCCUUCUGGAGAAGAGCAACAUCGAGUCGCUGCGGACGUUCCUCCUCACCUACGUCUUACAGAGACCCAAUCUGCAGAAGUAUGUCCGUGAGCAGAUCCUCCUCGCCACGGCGGUCAUCGUGAAGAGAGGAUAUCUGGAGAAAUCCACUAACUGCAAAAGCAUCUUUCACGAGGUCGGACAGCUCAUCAGCAGCGGGAACCCGACAGUGCAAACACUGGCGUGCUCCAUCCUGACGGCUCUGCUCAGUGAGUUCUCCAGCUCCAGUAAGACGAGCAGCAUCGGCCUCAGCAUGGAGUUCCACGGCAGCUGCAAGCGUCUGUUCCAGGAGGAGAGCCUGCGUCAGAUCUUCAUGUUGACCAUGGAGGUUCUGCAGGAGUUCAGCCGCAGGGAAAACCUCAACGCGCAGAUGUCGUCCGUCUUUCAGCGCUACCUGUCUCUGGCCAACCUGGUCCUGAGCUGGAACUUCCUGCCGCCCAAUCUGGGGCGCCACUACAUCGCCAUGUUCGAGGCCACGCAGAACGUCACGCUCAAACCUACGGAGUCCUGGAGGGAAGCGCUGCUGGACACCCGCGUCAUGGACCUCUUCUUCACCGUGCACAGGAAGAUUCGGGAGGACUCGGACAUGGCCCAGGAUUCGCUGCAGUGUCUGGCCCAGCUGGCCUCCAUGCACGGGCCCGUCUUCCCCGACGAGAGUGCGCAGGUUUCCUACCUGGCUCACCUGGUGGAGGGUCUGCUGAGCAUGAUCAACGGGAUUGAGAUCGAGGACUCGGAGGCCGUGGGCAUCUCCAAUAUCAUCUCCAACCUGAUCACCAUGUUCCCCCGGAGUAUUUUAACCGCGCUGCCCAGCGAGCUGUUCACCUCCUUCAUCAACUGCCUCACGUUGCUCACCUGCUCGUUUGGACGCAGCGCCGCGCUGGAGGAGGUGCUGGACAAGGACGACAUGGUCUACAUGGAGGCCUACGACAAGCUGCUGGAGUCGUGGCUGACGCUCGUGCAGGACGACGAGCACUUUCCUCGCGGCUGCUUCGUGCAGCCGGCGGUGCAGGUCUUCAACUCCUACAUCCAGUGUCACAUCGCCGCUCCUGACGGCACACGCAACCUGUCGGUGAAUGGCAUCUCGUCUCAUGAAGAGGAGGAGAUCAAUGAGCUGCAGGAAGACGACAGGGAGCUGUUCUCAGACCAGCUGUCCAGCAUCGGCAUGCUGGGAAGAGUAGCAGCUGACCACUGCAUCCCUCUGCUCACAAGUUUGCUGGAGGACCGCGUGACGCGGGUGCACGGUCAACUCCAGAGGACACAGCAGCACCUCAUGGCCUCGUCCGACCCGGGGUCGAUGGACCGCAAAGUCCUGGACGACCUCUACGAGGACAUCCACUGGCUCAUACUGGUCUCAGGGUACGUGUUGGCAGACGACCCUCAGGGUGAAACGCCGCUGAUCCCCUCCGAGGUGAUGGAGUUCUCCAUUAAACACUCGACGGAGGUGGACAUCAACACCACGCUGCAGAUCCUGGGAUCGCCGGGGGAGAAGGCUUCGUCCAUACCGGGCUGCAACCGCACAGACUCGGUCAUCAGGUUACUGUCGGCUGUGUUGCGGACGUCUGAGGUGGAGUCCAGGGCGAGCAGAGCGAGUCUCACCGACCUUCUGAGUCCACAGAUGGGAAAGGACAUCAUGUGGUUCCUCAGACGCUGGGCCAAGACGUAUCUGCUGAUGGACGAGAAGCUUUACGAGCAGAUCAGCAUCCCGCUCAGCACAGCGUUUGGCGCAGACACAGAGGGAGCCCAGUGGAUUGUGGGAUAUCUCCUGGAGAAGGUGAUUAGCAACCUGUCGGUGUGGAGCUCCGAGGUGGAGCUCUCCAACGACACCGUGGAGCUGCUGGUGACGCUGGUGGAGAAGAGGGAGAGGGCCAACAUUGUGGUGCAGUGUGAGAGCUGGUGGAACCUGGCCAAGCAGUUUGCCAGUCGGAGUCCUCCGCUCCACCUCCUGUCCAGCCCGGUGCAGAGGACGCUGAUGAAGGCUCUGGUCCUCGGAGGCUUCGCUCACAUGGACUCUGACGCCAAACAGCAAUACUGGGCCGAGGUGCUUCACCCGCUGCAGCAGCGUUUCCUCAACCUCAUCAACCAGGAGAACUUUGCUCAGAUCAGCCAACAGGAGGCCGUCAAGCAGGAGAUCGUGGCCACGUUAGAGGCGCUGUGCGGCAUCGCCGAGGCAACGCAGAUCGACAACGUGGCCUCGCUCUUCUCCUUCCUCAUGGACUUCCUGUCCAGCUGCAUCGGCCUCAUGGAGGUUUACAGCAACACACCUGAGACCGUCAACCUCAUUAUCGAGGUUUUCGUGGAAGUAGCUCACAAGCAGAUCUGUUACCUGGGAGAGACGAAGUCCAUGAAGCUGUACGAGGCCUGUCUGACGCUGCUGCAGGUUUACUCCAAGAACAACCAGUGUCGGAAGCGGAACGACGCCUCGGCCGAGGAGGACCAGUACCAGGACCUGCUGCUCAUCAUGGAGCUGCUCACCAACCUGCUCUCCAAAGAGUUCAUCGACUUCAGCGACACAGACGAAGUGUUUAGAAAUCAGGACCAGGGAACGCCGGCUACUAAUCGGACUGUGUCGGCAGCAGAUGUGGUUCUUUACGGUGUCAAUAUUGUUCUUCCGCUCAUGUCUCAGGAUCUGCUCAAGUUUCCGUCCCUGUGUAACCAGUACUACAAGCUCAUCACCUUCAUCUGUGAGAUCUUCCCAGAGAAGAUCCCUCAGCUGCCAGAGGAACUCUUCAAGAGCCUCAUGUUCUCCCUGGAGCUGGGCAUGACUUCGAUGAGUUCAGAGAUCAGUCAGCUGUGUUUAGAAGCGUUGUCUCCUCUGGCCGAACAAUGCGCCAAAAACCAGGAGAAGGACACGCCCCUUUUCGUUGCCACGCGUCACUUCCUCAAAUUGGUGUUUGACAUGCUGGUCCUGCAAAAACACAACACAGAGAUGACGGUGGCAGCAGGAGAAGCUCUUUACACACUCGUGUGCCUGCACCAGGCGGAAUACUCAGAGCUGGUGGAGACUCUGCUCUCGUCUCAAAGAGACGCCGUCAUCUACCAGCGACUCGCCGACGCCUUCAACAAGUUGACGGCGAGCAGCACGCCGCCCACCAUGGACCGCAAGCAGAAGGUCGCCUUCCUCAAGAGCCUGGAGGAGUUUGUGGCCAACGUCGGCGGACUGCUCUGCGUCAAAUAACCACUGGAAAACCACCUCUGCCUCGGAAAACACGCCCCCAACUUUGUCCCAAUGAACUAUGGGUAACAGAGAAAGAGACAGAGAGACAGCUCUGAGGACUUUGUCUCUGCAGAGGAGGAGGAGGGACGACACCAUCUCAUGUCUGAAUGUUGACUCCACCUCAAUAGAUUUUCUUUAUUUUUCUUUUAACUGUUGCAUCCACUCGACCUCCAUCCUGUGUCCCCGCCCCCAAAAAAGCAUGAUUGACAGACUGGACGUUAAUGAUGAAGCUGUUGCCAUGGAGACUGAACUGCAGAGCAGACAGACUCAGUAGAAAGGUUCCUAUCCAGUUGUCGAGGGGCGGAGCAACAGCAGCUGAUGGUGAUGGGGUCGUUGUGCUCCACAUCCUUUCACCUCCACACACACACACACACAGGUUCACACAGUCAUUCAUUCAUUUGGACAGCCUUAAAAAAAGCAUUAUCCCUUACCUUAACCAGUUAAUGUUUAACCCCUAACCUUUACUGAAUUCCUUUUUAAAUAUGACGUUCUGCUUCAUUAGGACCAGGUUUUGGUCUCCAUGAGGACUACUGGUCCUGAUGAGGUCCUCAAGAGGCGACAAAUACAAGAAAAAGAGGGUCAAACAAGUGGCUGCUUUUGAACAGGAAAGUUUUUCUUCAAGAUUUUGUUGAUGAAUGUAGUGAAGUCUUUGUGACACACACACACACACAGGUUCACUUAGAUAUCCUUUUAAUAAUUUACAUUCAUGAGGACAACACUAAUGAUCCUGUGUUUUGUCAGAAAAGGUCCCCAAGAUGUAACAAAUACAAGAAAACACACACUUCAAUUUAACUGUUGUUUCAUACACACAGGUUCACAUACUCAUCCUUUUAAGGACUCUGCAUUGAUCUCCAUUCAUUCUGACAACGCUAAUGGUCCUCACAAGGUCAGUGUUUUUGUGAGAAAAGGUCCUCAAGGGGUAACAGAUACAAGAAAACACACUUUAUUUGAACAGUUCACACACACACACACACGGGUUCAUGUAGCUAUCCUUUUAAAGACUCUACAUUGAUUCAGAUGUUAUUGAUCCUGUUCAAGAAAUUCAAGAAAACACACUUUAUUUUAAUGUUUUCACACACACACACACACGUAGGUUAACUGAACUUUUAAAGACUCCACAUUGAUUUUCAAUCAUUCGGACAGUUCUGGUCUUGACGAGGUCUGUGUUUUUGUCCUCAGGAGGUAACAAAUACAAGAAAACACACACACACAUUGACCUGUUCGUUCCCACAGUGCCUUUGUCUUGUUGAUUGUUUAACAUGCAUUAGUGUGUGUGUGUGUGCCUGUAUGCGCGCACACGUCAUGUCGUACAUGAAGUGACCAUAGACUUGGACAUAAUUAAAAACUCAGUAGCAGUCAGCCACCAGGGGGCGACACAAAAACUUCCCUCAAUCUCUUGUUUCAGCUCUUUUUCGCUGAAUCAUUAUUCAAUUCCUAAUUAAUUAGCAUUCAUUUGAAGUAAAUUAGACGGCCCAUGUGAUUGGACACCAGGUUUGAUUGACAGCUGGUGUCGUCCAAUAAGGAAUUUCUGCUUUAAAAAAACUGUUCAAAUCCUGAAUCUUGCGUCUUUUAAACAAGACGGCGUCCAUUUUAUGAACCGUCUCUGUAAACCGACAUGAAUGUCCACUACAGCGCGCGCACACGCGUAACGUUGCCAUGACGACAAAGGCGUGAUAGCCCAGCAGCACAGCUGUUUGUUUUACGGGGCUCAUUGAAUGAAUCACAUAGCACAGGAGGGCGGUGUUUGUUUGUUUGUUUGUUGAUGACGAGGAGAAGAAGAAGCAGCAGAUAGAUCGUGUUUCACUUGGGUGUACAUAUACAGUAUAUAUACAUAGAUAUAUAACGGUGAAAUGUACGAGAAGAGAAGCGGACUGAAGUGUUUUUAUACGCCAGCAGAGGGCGCCAAGAGUUCAUCAGUGUAUGAAUUCAGCGGAAGAGGGAGCAACUUUCUCUGUGUUGAUGUAUUUUCUUUUAUUUUUUUUGUUCGCAGUUUGUUUUUUGUCAUUGUUGUUGUUGGAUUGUAGUAUUACGUCGUCGCAGGCGCCCCCUUGUGGACAGACAGACCUGCAAGACGCAGCGGGAUUUCUAAAGUUUAGCAGAUAAAUUUCACUCUUCAUCAUCAUCAUUUUCACACUGGAUUGAAGCAGAGACUGUUGACGGGCAGCAAUAACAAAACCAAAAAUAAAAAAGGAGCAGAGCCACUCGCUGACGCAGCAACCUGGUUUAUUGUAGAACGGCUGUUAAUUUUGUUUAUUUUGUUGUUUUUGUUAAUGAAGUGUAAAAGUGUACAUAAAGUUAUUGUAUAAAAUGUU